ACAGCAAAUUUAAAAGCAUUACAUCAAAGUCAUGGAAGAACCCAGCUCAAGUUCCCCAGUUACACAACUUGAUGAUAGGGAUCUUCAAGAAGGGUAUACCACAAGUGGGAAAAAGGUAACACAGGAAACUACUCACCGUUCAGAAAAAGGACAACUAGUAGUGCAGCCUACAGAUAGCCCAUCCUUUCACCCACCCAAUCAUCCACGAAAGUCAGAUCACCUGGAGAAGGAUUCGGUGCAAGUCACCACAAAAUGUACAGCUAUCUCAAAAGAAGGACAUCAAAGGCUUCCCCCUGAAGAAAAUUCAUUUGAAGAACCCAAAGAUGGCUCUAUCAAAGAUUCCCAUGUUGGCUCCCAUAAAGAUUUACCAAAAGUUGAACCUAUUCCGAACAAUGAUGUUAACGAUGAAGAUUUCCAAGAACCCACAUUUUGCCCCAGAGAUAAGAAGAGUGAUGGGCUGCAACAGCAUACCUGUAUGCAAUGCCCAAACAUUUCACGUGGAGAUUUGAUAGCUAUCCCAAAAUUGUGGGGUUUAUACUACCACGAUAUGAUUUAUAUAGGAGAUGGGGAUGUUGUGCACCGAACAGGCGGAAUACGCGACUGGCUCCACUUUAAAAAAGUAAGAAUCAAAAGGGAAAAGCUUGCUGACAUCAUACCAUAUAACCGCAUGCCUACGUUGGUUAUUGAAAAUGGGUCAUGGCAGGGUCAUGACCCUCUACCCACAGACGAAAUCCUCUGCCGAGCCAAUUCAAAAAUUGGCGAAAAAGGAUAUAAUCUGUACUCAAAAAACUGUGAACACUUUGCUCGCUGGUGUCGAUACAGGCAGGAAGUCAGCGAACAAGCAAACAACCUGCUAUCUAAACAACAGGCAGUCAAAGCUGUAUUAUUUUCGUGGGCAAGUAAUCAGCCCCUUGACCACCGCUAUGGAUUUCCCUUCCUACACGUAAGAGGUCAUGCUGAAAUACUUUAAGUUUUAAGCCUGAGUUCAAAACCAUCCUUUUUAAGAAGGCUUACUUUCGAUAUAUAUUUCUAUGCAAAGUUUUUUAUGAUCUUAAUUUGCAUUUGUAAUUAUAUUAGUGUUGAAAUUGAAUGAAAAUGAAUUGUUGAAAAUAUUCGAAUGUUAUUAUAUUCCUUAACUUUUUAUGCUAAAUACUUGUAAUGUAAAGCAUUGUUGAACUCGAGCUCUCCAGGAUAUAGACGCUACAUAAAAUUUCAUUAUUUUUAUUAUUAUUAUUUAAUAUCUAAUUUCUAAAGCGCCUCCACUAUGAAUAUUCGAUGGUUACAAAAACAUUAAUUGAUUAAAACAACCACUUCAAACAGAACACAUUUAUUUAAA